AUGGGUCGAUUAGCAGAGGUGAUUAGCGAACAAUCAUCCGAGAAGUGUAAAACUUUUGUAUUCAUGGGUGAAGGUUAUACUUUGGGAAAUUCUUUAGUAGCAGUAAUCUCGCAAAAUCCUGAUGUGGAGUUUUGUGCUUGUUUCAUCAAUCAUCCAUCAGAAGGAAACAUAUACUUGAGGAUCCAAGCGAAAAACGGAAAAGCUAUAGACAUACUAAGAAAAGGAUUACAAGAUUUUGAAAAGAUUUGUGAUCACACUUUAGAAACUUUCAACAAUGCUUAUGAACAGUUUAAGACUUCUAGAGAUAUGUUUGUAGAUAGUACGUAG